AUGUCAAAUUUAUCAUUUCAAUCCAAUUCAUUUAAAUUAAACAUACCAGAUUUCAGAAAUUCAUCAGUUUCAAAAACAGUAAAUUCAUUUAAUAGAAAUUCAUUAACUGAUUUAUCAACAAUAGCAAUAAGAGCAUUAAAUUCAGUUCAAUUUUCAAAUAAUUUAGAUCAAGAACAACCAAGAAUUAUAGCUAGAUCAGAUUCAAUAGAUUCAGAUAAUAUGUCAACAAGUAGUAAAGAAAGAUCAGUUUCACCAAUUGGUAGACAAACACAAGUUAUAUUUGUACAUAAAUUAUAUAAUAUGUUAAAUGAUGAAAAUUUACAAGAUUAUAUAUGUUGGUCUCCAGAACAAGAUUCAUUUUAUGUAUUUCAUGGUGAAGAAUUUAAUAAAAAUAUAUUGGCUUGUUUUUUCAAACAUACAAAUAUGUCAUCAUUUAUAAGACAAUUAAAUAUGUAUGGAUUUCAUAAAGUUAAUGAAGCUGCAAAAGAAAAAACUGAAUCUGAUUUAGUUUCUUCAUUAUUUGAAAAACCAACAAAUAGAUGGGAAUUUCGUCAUUCACAAAAUUUAUUUAAAAAGGGAGAUAUUGAAUCAUUAAAUAAUAUAAAAAGAAGAUCAUCAAAAAAUAAUAUAAAUAACCAAAAUCAAAAAGAUAUUAUAAAUUUAAAUUCUAUAGCUCAACCAAUUAUUAAAAAUGAAAGUCAAGAUGAACAAGUAUCACCAAAACAAAGACAAGGAGAUUCAUCACCAGAUUCAUCAUAUUUUCAACCACAUCAUCCAUCUUUCAGUACUACUAAUUAUAAUGUAAAACUUCAAUCACCAAUGACUCCAAGUUCAUCAUUAUUAUCAGCACCAUUUCAACCGUAUUCAUUACAACAACAGCCAAUACAUGAAACAAUUAAUCCACAACAACAAUUACCACAACCACCACAAUCAAAAUACAGUGAUCAAUUUUCUUCAAAACAACAACCAUCAUUAGAAUAUGUACAUACAAAUUCAGGUUUCAGUUAUCUUCAACAACAAAGAUCAUCAUCAUCUUCAUCAUUUUCAGAAACUACUGGUAAUAAUAAAAGACAAAUAGAUUAUUUAUUUGAAGAAAUAUCAACUUUAAAAAAAGCAAAUACAGAAUUACAUCAAAUGUAUCAAACUCAACAAAAUUUAUUAAUUAAUUUUUUAAAUUUAUAUGAAGAUAAUAAAUUAGAUUCAACUACAAUAACAAAUUUAAAAAAUUCUAUAACUUCAAUAAAUUAUCAACAACCACAACAACAACCACAACAGAAUUUACCAUCAGAUUAUUUAUCAAGAAAAAAUUCAUCAUAUAGUCCAUUAAGUACAAGUAGACAAAAUUCAAUAAAUUUAAAUUUAUUAUAUAAUAAUAGAACUAAUUCAUUACCUUUAUUAUCACAAGAACAAUCAAGAAAAAUUUCUAUAGCUUCAAAUUUUGAUAAAUUACCAAGUGUUGAUCAAUUAAAUAUGAAAAUUAAAAAUUAUCCUAAUGUUGGAGGAUCAGAUCCAAAAAAGAGAAAACUUUAA